CGGGCGGUAUUGGAAAUUUGACAAAUUGACGACUUGCUUUCCUCGUGUUAAGCUGUCCCCAUCAUGCGCCAGUCCAGUUGUUCCAGCUCUCUUCUCUCUUCGCUCUCCUCAAGAGCUUGAUUCGUGGCUCCUGGCUAUCGAUCUCGCACGCCUAUACCACUCGCAUUUACUUUUGUUUCUUUUUCUCUUUCUCCACCAUUUCCCCCAGCUCCAUUUGCGCUGUCCACCACUGCCAUUUAUCUGCAAAUUACCCGACGAAGACCCAUCAACCGAAACAGUCCGUCUCGUCCUUGACCUUGCGACCAGCCGCCGAGCUGCUGCUCCAAUUACUCCUGCAUCAAUCCGGUCACCAAUCCAUGCCUCCCAACCCACUACCAGCUCGAACGAUUGUCCAUCCUCUUGCGUCUCUUGGUUGCUACUGCAUACUUGACGGAGAAUUGCAUGUUCAUCCCCUUGACUACCGUUUGUCGCGGCUCCUUUCUUGCUCUGCAGCCUAGUUGAGCAUCCCGAUCCCACCGCGCACCCGCCACGAUCUCAGAAGACCUUCCGCCAGAUGGGUUGAACCCACAACACGCUCUCAUCGAGUGGAUAGAAAGGCAUUCCAACCCUGUUUGCAAGGCUAAUCGCUAUUUUUACCCGCAAGGCCCAUUUUCCUCGGGCCCAAGUGUCUGACUGGACAUUGCAAAGGCUGAACAUCCCCGUCAGCUUGCGCCACACUCGAGUUUUGGUGAGCGCCCCACGCGACAGUGCCUCUCAUACAUCUCCUCCACUCCCCCCCCCGACCUCAUCAUAUCAUCUUACUUGACUUUUUUGUCCCUUCCGUUCUUCGUCCUUUAGUAUUUGUUCCGCCCUCACUGCUUGUCCAGCCAAUGGUCAUCCAAUAUACGAUCAUCCUGUUACCCUCAGCCAAGAGACCUUACAUCCAGCUGACAUGAUUUCCGUACACGCAGCUACUGCAUAUUCUCAUCAACCAUUCCACGGUAGCGCGAAGCAUCCAGGACCCAUGGCCGCGUUGAUGCAGUCGAAUAACGAGCCCGUCGCUGUCUCUAACCCUUUGCCUGCGCCUUCGAACCCCUCGGAUUCCGUUGCUUUCCUGAAACAAUCCAAGCCCGACUCGAGCCUCACCUCGAUUGCUAGCGCUGGAUUAAACGUCACCCGCUCGAAGGAGUCGUUGCCUACCAUGUCGACGAUGGCGACAAAUGGCUCUCAGCCGUCUGAGCCUCAGAGAGAACAGAAGCAGAAUAGCUCGCAGGUAGCGCGAGAAGCUCUUGAGCAACCAUCUGUCCCGAUCAGCGACCCGCUUCCUUCAGACCAGAUGCAAGUGGAUGCUCAUCCAGUCGCAGGGGACGCGCAUGAACCGGUCUUCAAUACCGCAGAUAACGGCACAUCUCUAAUGAACACCUCGACUGUAGCAAGUCCCGGCCCUAUAGAAGAUUCGAUCUCACAAGACGGUGACCGUCCCCGCCAUCGCCAUGACAGCGAGUUACAUCAAGACAAUAGCAACAAAGCCUUCUCAUACCCAAUGCCUACAGGGGGCUUUAACGAUCCAAGACGUGGGCUCAGUUUGCCAAGCUCAGGCUUGAACAAGGCUGGCCAGCGGUCUCCAUCUGCCAAGAAGCACCGCUGCCCAUACUGCGCUACCGAAUUCACAAGGCAUCAUAAUCUCAAGAGCCACCUACUCACGCAUAGCCAAGAGAAGCCUUUCGUUUGCCAAACCUGCCAAUCCCGCUUCCGAAGACUCCAUGAUCUCAAACGACACACAAAGCUUCAUACAGGCGAGAGACCGCAUAUCUGCCCAAAAUGUGGUCGCAGGUUUGCCCGUGGCGACGCUCUAGCCCGUCACAACAAGGGCCAAGGGGGAUGCGCUGGGCGCAGGGCAAGCAUGGGGAGCUAUGCGCCUGAAGAUGAAUACGGCGACGGCGGUGCAGCAGGCGCCGAGGAUGCCAUGGACGGCCUCAUGUAUGCCGAACCGGAACGCAUGGACGAGGAUGAAGAACGGCGAUAUAAUAUGCCGAGCAUCAAGAAACACGACCUACCCACGGAUUCCAUUGCCCGUUCCAACAGCGCAAGCAGCUACCAACCGCGUCAGACAAACACAUAUCCUCCCAUCGCUGCUAGCAGACCGUCCCCUGGCGGACUCUUUCCUCCUCCUACGAGCCAUGGCGGCUCGAGUGGCUCGCCAUCUCCCAUUUCACAGGCGUUUCCUUCCACGAAUCCACCAACCGGCUUUGCGCCUCCAAACGUGACGGAGAGCCCAAGACCACUGUCGCCGAAUGCUCUGUCUUCCCAUCAAAUGGGCCACGGAUCGGAAAGCAAUGUACUUCACCACCGUCCUCACUCACCCGGUAUCACACACUCGUUUUCGCAAUACAGUCGGGCAGGUCCCUCUCAGCCCACGCCAAGUUUGGGUCUUCCUCCUCCUCAACCCGGCGCCCCUCAGCUACCUCCACCACCUGGUCUGGGAUCUUCCGAGCCUCGCUUCUCCCUUCAUGCACAGAGCUCAGUGCAACCGCCCCCGACUACUGCCAAACAUACUCCGUCACAUAGCCACUCGAGCAACCAUCCUCCGCCGGAAACAAUCAUUAACCACGCUUCUCACGAUCCGAGUCUCUUUGAACAGCAGCGCGAUCAGGUGGAAAAACUGUGGACGUAUAUACGAUCAGUUCAAGAUGAAGUGACCGGGCUCAGGGCAGAGUUGGCAACUCUGAAAGCGCAGAUGGCAUCUACCAGUGGGAAUGCCUUGGCUACACCUAGUUCAGGUGUUGUACAACCCCAGGCCGAGGGGACGACAAGUGCCGUGCAACGGUAAGUUAGUGCACUUUUGUCAUGUAAAGCAACAUCCCUCGACAGAGGCUACAUGUUAAUAGGGGCAUUUGUCCUGACAUAAUACGCUUCCAAACGGCCAUUACCUUCCCAUAUGUGUUCUUAUUUGAUGCCAUUAUGACACGACUUUACUGUCAAGGCAGGGUACUAUCGUUGUUCUAUACCAUGGUUUUUUAUUUCUAUUAUCUUCAUCUUCUUCGGUAACUAUGGUGUAUGGGAGUUUGUGUUCGAUACUUCAUCCGAGGGGCAGUCUUUUCCCCAUGCUUUGUAUACUUAUUUCCAGGCCAAUGGAAUAGGAGUUUAGCCAAAAUCUUUUCUUUCAAAGGGAUAAUUUCUACGAUUUUAUUCUGUAUUGUAUCAACAAACAAAAAGAGUUCAGAAAUUGUCUUUUCACUAGUCUUACCGAGUAGAUGUUUCUGAAAAUACUUGGAAGAUUGGGUGUUGCAGGGAAAUUUCAAGGUCAGGCAAGGAUGU